AUGGAGCCUAACAUAGGGCAAGCCCUGGCCACCGUCCUCAUGCUGCUGGUGACCAUAAGAGCAGCAUGGUAUCUGAUUUGGAGGCCGUACGCCGUGGCCAGGUGGUUCGCGCGGCAGGGCAUCCGAGGUCCACCUUACAGGUUCCUUGUCGGGUCCCUGCCGGAGUGCCAUACGAUGCUUGUCGCUGGGAGAGCCAAGCCUCUGGAUACUAGCUCCCACGACUGCAUCACCACUGUGCAACCCUUCUUCCGGGAAUGGGCCUCCCAGUAUGGAAAAACAUUCCUGUACUGGUUGGGCCCGACACCAGCCCUGUGUUGUACUGACAUGGAGCUUGUGAAGCAAAUGUUCAGCGACAGGACAGACGUGUUCCAAAAAGAAUACUUGAAUCCGAGCCUGGACUCAAUUCUAGGGAACGGGGUCAUAUUUGCAGACGGAGACGACUGGAAGCGACGCCGCAAAUUCGUCCACCCGGCUUUCAACCAGGAGACGAUCAAGUCCAUGUCAGCAAUAGCGUGGGAGUGCACGCAGCAGACGAUGGAACGGUGGUGCGCCCAACUGCAAGGGCGGCAGCAAGCCGAGAUAGACAUGAGGCACGACUCGGACGAGAUAGCCAUGGGUGUCAUUGCGCGAGUGAUGUUGGGCAAGGACCACGAGGAGGCCCGGGAGGUGAUGGUCGCCGGAAGGGAGCAGAUGGAGAUUGCCGCAUAUGCGUUCGCUGAUCCUCCGUUACCUGGAUUCAGGUACCUGCCGACACGCCGCAACCAUCGUACAUGGCAGCUCGAAAAGCUUGUCACAAGCAAGAUCUCACACAUCCUAAAGGCGCGACUUGCCAGCAGCGUCUAUGAAGACGACCUGCUCGGGCAGAUGUUGCAGCUGCAGGCAUGUCGCAGUGGCAGCGGCGCUGAGACUCUGAGCACCCAGGAGAUGAUCGGCGAGUGCAGAACUCUAUUCGUGGCGGGGUACGAAACCAGCGCCAGCGUCAUCACCUGGGCGAUGUUCCUGCUCGCCAGCUACCCACGCUGGCAGGAGAUGGUCAGGGAGGAAGUCGUCCGGGAAUAUCCUGCUUGUUGCCGUCACCAGCCACCCCCGUUUGACACCCUUGGCAAACUCAAGCUGCUUGACAUGUUACUCUUGGAGACACUGAGGCUCUAUGGCCCCAUAACUUUCCUGCAGAGGAAGACCGGCUGGGACACCGUCCUCGCCAGCAUGAAGGUGCCGAAAGGAACGAUGAUGUCGAUCCCGCUGCUGAUGUUGCACCGGGACAAAGAGGUCUGGGGACCCGACGCCGACGAGUUUAACCCCAUGAGGUUCCAGAAUGGCGUCUCGGUGGACACCAAGCUUUCACGAUCGCUGCUGGCCUUCUCAUAUGGGCCGAGGGUCUGCGCCGGGCAGAACUUUGCCAUGGUUGAGGUGCAGAUCGUGAUAGCCACCAUCCUCAGGAGCUUCUCCUUCUCCCUGUCACCCACUUACGUGCACAAGCCCAGCAAUUUCGUCACCCUGCUGCCCAGGUACGGGCUCCCUCUCGUCGUCAGGAACCUGCAGCAGCUGACUACUGGGUGA